AUGCCAGCCCCAACCACCAAACCGCCAAACGCGGGCGGCGGCCUAAAAAUCAUCCACGCAGCCAUGAUGCGCUCGGGAACCGCCUCUCUCGCGCAGGCCUACACCAACCUCGGCUACAAGGUGCACCACGCCCUCGAGCACGGGCCCUGGAAUAACCACUGGCCGAAGAUCGAGGACGCGGCGGAAGCAACAUGGCCCGAGACGCUUGUUGCGCUGCCCGGAUACACGUAUAAAGACCCCGCGACAGGCAGGACUGUCCCGCGCCCCCGAUUCACGCGUGAGGACUGGGACGCAAUCUGGGGCGAGUACGAAGUCGUCACGGACCUUGCGUCGCCGUUCGUGCUAGAGCUAAUUGCGGCGUACCCUGAGGCGAAGGUUGUGGUCGUGGAGCGCGAGUUUGGGGCCUGGUGGCCCUCAUUUGAGGAAAGGGUGCUUGAUACACUAUUCCCGCGGUUUGAGUGGCUACAGCGAUGGAUUAUGUGGAAUGUCUUCGGAAUCCGGGCCAUGCAUGCUAUGCGCAAGGUGCAUGCGGGGUUCUUUGGGACAGCGGAAUUUUCCAAGGAGUCAAUUGUGCUGAAAGCGAGAGGGGCGCAUGAAGAGUUCUAUCGGAAGGUUAGGGAGGCUGUGCCCGCUGAGCGGCGGUUGGAAUACACGCUGGGGAGCGGGUGGGAGCCGCUUUGCGCGUUCCUGGACAAGGAUAUUCCACAUGGGCCGUUUCCGUAUGUGAAUACACGGGGAGAGCAUCGGGAGACGAUUAUGAGCGGCUGGGCUCGGCUUUUAGUGGUUCCGACGGUGGUUGGGGCUGCGGCGGUUGUAGCUGUGUUGUACAUCUCCGGUUAG